AUGGCUUUCCCCCCACCCCCGCCGCCGCCUCCACCAGGCCCUCCAGGUGCUGGAUACGCGCCGCCACCACCACCGCCUCCGCCAGGUCCUCCGGGCUCCGGAUAUGCGCCGCCACCGCCGCCUCCUCCAGGACCACCAGGUGCGCCUGGUACAGUAGGCCCUCCCGGUAUGCGGCCACCUGUCGACCCGCAAGUUGCGAAGUUUGCCCAAAAGAAGAAGGACUGGUUACGGCAACAGCGCCAAAGGUUCGGCGAGAAGCGCAAGGCAGGAUUCGUCGAGACACAAAAGGCGGAUCUACCCCCAGAGCAUUUGCGCAAGGUGUUCAGGGAUAUCGGCGAUGUGUCCCAGAAGAAAUUCACCACGGACAAGCGAAGUUAUCUCGGUGCGCUCAAGUUCAUGCCGCACGCGGUUCUGAAGCUUCUGGAGAACAUGCCCAUGCCCUGGGAGAGUAGACGAGACGUAAAAGUCCUCUACCACACCAACGGAUGUCUGACCCUGGUCAACGAGGUUCCUCGUGUGAUCGAGCCCGUCUUCCACGCACAAUGGGCAGCCAUGUGGCUGGCUAUGAGGAAGGAGAAGAGCGAUCGCCGACACUUCAAGCGCAUGCGUUUCCCGCCUUUCGACGACGAAGAGCCGCCCCUGUCGUACUCGGAAAACAUCGAAGACGUUGAGCCCCUGGAGCCUAUUCAGUUGGAGCUGGACGAGGACGAAGAUAGCCCUGUGUACGAUUGGUUCUACGAACACCGCGCGCUUCUCGAUACCCCACAUGUCAACGGGCCCAGCUACGAGACCUGGAAUCUCGACCUGCCUCAGAUGGCAACGCUAUACCGUCUGAGCAAACAGCUUCUCAGCGAUAUUGUUGACAAGAACUACUUCCACAUGUUUGACAUGGACAGCUUCCAGACAGCCAAGGCACUCAAUGUCGCGAUACCCGGAGGGCCCCGUUUCGAGCCCUUGUAUAAAGACAUCGACCCGAACGACGAGGAUUUUGGCGAGUUUAACGCUAUUGACCGCAUCAUCUUCCGAUCGCCUAUCCGAACCGAGUACCGCGUGUCAUACCCAUACCUCUACAACUCCCUGCCGCGAAGUGUCAAGCUGGCUUGGUAUUCUCACCCGCAGGUCGUCUACGUCCGUGCUGAGGACCCGGAUUUGCCCGCUUUCUACUUCGACCCUGGAAUCAACCCCAUCUCUUCAAGAGCUGUAGCACCAAAGAACAUCUCCGUAAGCCACGAGGAUCUGGUCUUCGGUGAAGAUGAUGAGGACGACGAGGAUGACUUCCAGAUGCCCGAAGAGAUGGAGCCGUUCAUGGCUGACGAGGAGAUUGCCACCCCAGACACUGCUUCAGCCAUCGCGCUUUGGUGGGCACCCCACCCGUUCGACAAGCGAUCAGGUCGUAUGGUGCGGGCACAGGACGUUCCCCUUGUAAAGCAAUGGUACCUUGAGCACGUUCCUGCGGGUCAGCCCGUCAAGGUCCGGGUCUCUUACCAGAAGUUGCUGAAGACGUUUGUUUUGAACGAGCUCCACAAGAAGCCGCCACAAGCACAAAACAAGCAGAAUUUGAUGCGGACGCUCAAGAGCACCAAAUUCUUCCAGCAGACCAAGAUUGAUUGGGUUGAGGCCGGUCUGCAGGUUUGCCGACAGGGUUACAACAUGCUCAACCUUCUCAUCCAUCGCAAAAACUUGACUUACUUGCAUCUUGACUACAACUUCAACUUGAAGCCUGUCAAGACCCUUACUACCAAGGAGCGCAAGAAGUCACGUUUCGGAAACGCUUUCCAUCUCAUGCGUGAGAUUCUGAGGCUAACGAAGCUCAUUGUUGACGCUCAGGUCCAGUACCGUCUAGGCAAUAUCGACGCCUUCCAACUCGCCGAUGGUAUCCUUUACGCUUUCAACCACGUCGGUCAGCUGACUGGUAUGUACCGUUACAAGUACAAGCUGAUGCACCAGAUCCGUUCCUGCAAGGAUCUGAAGCAUUUGAUCUACUACCGAUUCAACUCCGGCCCUGUCGGGAAGGGUCCUGGAUGUGGUUUCUGGGCUCCUGCGUGGAGAGUUUGGCUUUUCUUCAUGCGCGGUAUCAUUCCUUUGCUGGAGCGCUGGCUCGGAAACCUGCUCUCUCGUCAAUUUGAGGGCAGACACAGCAAGGGUGUUGCAAAGACCGUCACCAAGCAACGUGUUGAGUCGCAUUUCGACUUGGAGCUCCGCGCUGCUGUCAUGAGUGAUCUCAUGGACAUGAUGCCCGAGGGCAUCAAGCAAAACAAGGUCAACACUGUUCUGCAACAUUUGUCAGAGGCAUGGCGUUGCUGGAAGAGUAACAUCCCUUGGAAGGUACCUGGCCUGCCAGCCCCCAUCGAGAACAUCAUCUUGCGCUACGUCAAGAGCAAGGCAGACUGGUGGAUCUCGGUUGCACAUUACAACCGUGAGCGUAUCCGACGAGGUGCCACUGUUGACAAGACCGUCGCCAAGAAGAACUUAGGUCGAUUGACACGUUUGUGGCUCAAGGCCGAGCAGGAACGUCAGCACAAUUACAUGAAGGACGGUCCUUAUGUCUCUUCCGAAGAAGCUGUCGCCAUAUACACUACCAUGGUGCACUGGCUUGAGGCCCGCAAGUUCCAGCCAAUUCCCUUCCCAAGUGUCUCUUACAAGCACGACACGAAGAUUCUCAUCCUGGCCCUAGAGCGUCUCAGGGAAGCGUAUUCCGUCAAGGGCCGACUCAACCAGAGCCAGCGUGAAGAGUUGGCUCUUAUUGAGCAGGCCUACGAUUCUCCGGGUACGACUCUUGCGCGCAUCAAGCGCUUCUUGCUCACACAGCGUGCUUUCAAGGAAGUAGGUAUCGACAUGAACGAUAACUACAGCAACAUCAACCCUGUGUACGAUAUUGAGCCCAUGGAGAAGAUCACUGACGCCUAUCUCGAUCAAUACCUAUGGUACCAGGCUGAUCAGCGGCAUCUGUUCCCGGCCUGGAUCAAGCCUUCUGACUCCGAAGUCCCGCCUCUUCUGACCUACAAGUGGGCCCAGGGAAUCAACAACCUUGACAAGGUCUGGGAGAGCCAAGAUGGAGAGUGCAACGUCAUGAUCGAGACUCAGCUGUCGAAGGUGUAUGAGAAGAUUGAUCUUACCAUGUUGAACCGUUUGUUGCGUCUCAUCAUGGACCACAACUUGGCGGAUUACAUCACAGCGAAGAACAACGUCCAACUCAACUACAAGGACAUGAACCACGUCAACGCCUACGGUAUGAUUCGUGGUCUCCAAUUCUCUGGUUUCGUCUUCCAGUUCUAUGGUCUCGUGCUGGAUAUCCUCCUUCUAGGUUUACAGCGUGCAAACGAGAUCGCUGGUGCACCAGAGAGCCCCAACGACUUCUUGCAAUUCAAGGACAAGGAGACCGAGGUGCGCCACCCGAUCCGAUUGUACACCAGGUACAUUGACCGCAUCUGGGUCUUCUUCAGGUUCACCGCUGAGGAGUCUCGCGAUCUGAUUCAGCGUUUCCUCACUGAGAACCCGGACCCUAACUUUGAGAACGUCAUUGGAUACAAGAACAAGAAGUGUUGGCCGCGUGACUCUAGGAUGCGACUAAUGCGCCACGAUGUCAACCUUGGUCGCGCAGUUUUCUGGGAUCUCAAGAACCGCCUACCACGAUCGGUCACUACUAUUGAGUGGGACGACACCUUCGCUAGUGUCUACAGUCGCGACAACCCCAACUUGCUGUUCUCCAUGAACGGUUUCGAAGUCCGUAUCCUGCCCAAGAUCCGAAACUUGACUGGCGAAUUCCCUGUUAAGGACAGCGUGUGGUCUCUUGUCGACAACUCCACCAAGGAGCGUACCGCAGAUGCCUUCUUACAGGUGACCGAAGAAGAUAUUCAGAAGUUCAACAACCGCAUUCGACAGAUUCUGAUGUCUUCUGGAUCUACUACAUUCACGAAGAUUGCGAACAAGUGGAACACGACUCUCAUUGCGCUCUUCACCUACUACCGUGAGGCUGCGGUGUCCACCGUCAACCUACUCGAUACGAUUGUGAAGUGCGAGACCAAGAUCCAGACGCGUGUCAAGAUUGGUUUGAACUCCAAGAUGCCUUCGCGUUUCCCUCCUGCUGUGUUCUACACGCCCAAGGAACUGGGUGGUCUGGGUAUGAUUUCUGGAUCUCACAUUCUUAUCCCAACCAGUGAUAAGAGAUGGUCAAAGCAGACUGACACUGGCGUCACGCAUUACCGUGCCGGUAUGUCGCACGAUGAGGAGACUCUCAUUCCAAACAUCUUCCGUUACAUCAUCCCAUGGGAGUCUGAGUUCGUCGACUCCCAACGUGUCUGGAUGGAAUACUCCCAAAAGCGUCAAGAGGCACAGCAACAGAACCGCCGACUAACCCUCGAGGAUCUGGAGGACAGCUGGGACCGUGGUCUCCCUCGUAUUAACACCCUGUUCCAGAAGGACCGCAGUACCCUCAGUUUCGACAAGGGUUUCCGCGCACGGACCGAAUUCAAAAUUUACCAGCACAUGAAGAGCAACCCCUUCUGGUGGACGAGCCAACGCCACGACGGUAAGCUUUGGAACCUCAACGCAUACAGAACGGAUGUUAUUCAGGCUUUGGGUGGUGUUGAGACCAUCCUGGAGCACACCUUGUUCAAGGCAACGGCCUUCCCAUCGUGGGAGGGUCUCUUCUGGGAAAAAGCAUCAGGUUUUGAGGAGUCUAUGAAAUUCAAGAAGCUCACCAACGCCCAACGUUCCGGUCUUAAUCAGAUUCCCAACCGUCGCUUCACACUUUGGUGGUCACCUACCAUCAACCGAGCCAACGUCUACGUUGGUUUCCAGGUCCAACUCGAUCUUACCGGUAUCUUCUUGCACGGCAAGAUCCCCACCCUCAAAAUUUCGCUCAUCCAGAUUUUCCGUGCCCAUUUGUGGCAGAAGAUCCAUGAGUCCGUUGUUAUGGACUUGUGCCAGGUCUUCGACCAAGAGCUCGAGGCUCUCGGUAUCGAGACGGUGCAGAAGGAGACUAUCCAUCCGCGAAAGUCGUACAAGAUGAACAGUUCUUGUGCUGAUAUUCUCCUCUUCGCCAGCCACAAGUGGAGCGUAUCACCACCAUCUAUGCUUUACGACACCAAGGACACCAUGAGCGCCACUACGACAAACAAGUUCUGGAUUGACGUUCAAUUGCGAUACGGUGACUACGAUUCUCACGACAUUGAACGUUACGUCCGCGCCAAGUACCUCGACUACACUCAGGACAGUAUGAGCAUUUACCCGUCCGCUACUGGUCUCAUGAUCGGUAUCGACCUGGCUUACAACUUGUACUCUGCAUACGGACAAUACUUCCCUGGUCUUAAGCAACUCGUUCAACAGGCCAUGGCAAAGGUCAUGAAGGCUAACCCUGCGCUCUACGUCCUCCGAGAGCGUAUCAGGAAGGGUCUUCAGCUGUACGCAUCCGAGAGUUCUCAAGAGUUCCUCAACUCACAGAACUACUCCGAGCUGUUCAGCAACCAGAUCCAGCUGUUCAUCGACGAUACCAAUGUCUACCGUGUGACAAUCCACAAAACCUUUGAGGGUAACUUGACGACCAAGCCUAUCAACGGUGCUAUCUUCAUCUUCAACCCUCGUACUGGACAACUGUUCUUGAAGAUUAUCCAUACUAGUGUUUGGGCUGGUCAGAAGCGUCUUGGUCAACUAGCCAAGUGGAAGACGGCCGAAGAAGUAGCGGCUCUUAUCCGGUCUCUGCCUGUGGAGGAGCAGCCGAAGCAGCUCAUCGUCACUCGUAAGGGUCUGCUUGACCCUCUUGAGGUGCACUUGCUUGACUUCCCCAACAUCUCCAUCCGUGCCUCGGAACUGCAACUGCCCUUCCAGGCGGCUAUGAAGGUCGAGAAGCUCGGUGACAUGAUCUUACGAGCGACUGGACCUCAGAUGGUGCUCUUCAACUUGUACGACGAAUGGCUGAAGACCAUCUCCUCAUACACGGCCUUCUCCCGUUUGAUCCUCAUCCUGCGCGCCCUGCACGUCAACCAGGACAAGACGAAGCUGCUCUUGCGUCCAGACAAGACUGUCAUUACACAGGAGCAUCACAUCUGGCCCUCACUAGCUGACGAAGACUGGAUCAAGGUUGAAGUUCAACUUCGAGAUCUCAUCUUGCUUGAUUACGGCAAGAAGAACAACGUCAACACUUCAUCCCUCACCAGCAGUGAAGUGCGUGACAUCAUCCUGGGUAUGGAGAUCUCAGCUCCUUCGAUGCAACGUCAGCAGGCUGCCGAGAUCGACAAGCAGCAGGAGGAGCAACAGCAGUUGACUGCUGUCACGACUAAGACGCAGAACAUCCACGGUGAAGAGAUGGUUGUCACGACUACAUCGCAGUACGAGCAGGCAUCCUUCGCCUCUAAGACCGAGUGGCGGACGAGGGCUGUGGCUACUUCCAACUUGCGCACUCGUGCGAACAACAUCUACAUCAACUCUGAGGAUGUCAAGGAGGAAGGUCACUUCACGUACGUCAUGCCCAAGAACGUACUGAAGCGCUUCAUCACCAUCGCCGAUCUCCGUGUCCAAGUUGCCGGUUACCUGUACGGAAAGUCGCCAGCGGAUAACGACCAAGUCAAGGAGAUCAGCACCAUCGUCAUGAUUCCUCAAGUAGGCAACACCCGUGAUGUUCAGCUACCCAAGGAACUGCCUAAUCAUGAGUACCUGGACAAUCUCGAGCCCCUCGGAAUCAUUCACACUGUCAGUGGCAACGAGCCGCCAUACAUGCAAGCCAGCGACGUCACUCAGCACGCUCGCCUUAUGAACCAGCACCCUAGCUGGGACAAGAAGACCGUCUCAAUGACAGUUUCCUUCACUCCUGGUUCCGUUUCGCUCGCUGCAUGGGCCCUCACUCCUGACGGCUACAAGUGGGGUGCUCAGAACAAGGACACCAUGUCUGACAACCCAACUGGUUUCAGCACCAGCUUCGGUGAGAAGUGCCAGUUGCUACUUUCAGACAAGAUCCGAGGUUACUUCCUCGUACCAGACAACGGCGUCUGGAACUACAGCUUCAUGGGUAGCACAUUCGGUACCGUGGAGAAGAGGCCGGUUCAUGUGCGUCUCGACACACCUGUACGCUUCUACGACAGCAUCCAUCGCCCAUUGCACUUCCACAACUUCGCUGAGUUGGAGGAUGUCUGGGUCGAUCGCGAGAACCAGUUUGAGUAG